AUGGUUAAUCUCGAUAUUAAUCUUUGUCAUCACGCAACCCUUUAUUGGUGAAAAACUUCAAAUAUUCCUGGAAAUGAAACAGAUUUGAAUUUUCUAUAGAUAGUCAUACUAAACUUUCUCACCUUCUUUCUCCAUCUUGUCGGUCUCGUUUUGUCCUCGGAACCUAAUAAAUAACUUCACUAGAAGGCUGUAAGUUGAAAGUGUGACAUUAUGCAGAAGAAAGGAGAGAUCUCUGAGUACAGAGAGAAACUGGACAAGACCUUGUCUUCUCCUGAGCUAACCGAUCAUGAGUCUCUCAAAUCUCUUCUUAGAAACCAGCUUUGCUCCUCUUCAGAGUGUAAUGAGAACACAUUGGAUAAAAGAACAGCUGAUGUAUCAAAGCUACUUAGCAUGCUUAGGAGUGUUUCAAUGACGGAUGCAUCAUCAUCAUCACAUGGUGAUUGGAAAAUAAAACAAGAUCUUGAAGAUUGCCGUGUCAUGUACCGUCAAGGGCUUGAAGGAAGUCCUUUUCACACUUUGCUCGUUGAAGGUUACAUGGAUUCCCCUCUCGAAGACUGUUUGUGUGUUUCGUGGGAAACAGCCCUCUACAAGAAUUGGUGGCCACAGUUUGCGUUUCCACCAUUUAAGAUUUUACAAGGCACAUGCUUGCAUAAGGUCCGGACCGGUGAACAAGUUUGUCUAGUGAGGAUGAAGGUUCCAUGGCCAUUGUCAGAAAGAGAGGUUAUAGUGCACUACUUCUUGUUUGAAUAUUUUAAAGAUGGCUUAGUUGUCGUCCUUCUGAACUCGAUCUCUGAUUUAGAUAGUAUUGGAGUUUCUGCUAAGGACAUGGCCAAGAAAGUUAUACCUGAAGCAACGAGUGCAGUGAGAAUUGAUCUCGUAGGUGGAUUUGCUUUACAGAAGGUUACUUCACAGAGGAGUUUCGUCAGGGUGAUAGGGGAACUUGAUAUAAAGCUGGACUUGGUCCCUCCGUCUCUUAUGAAUUUUAUCGCUAGGCAGAUCGUCGGUAAAGGUUUCAAACUGUAUAAAAAGGCAGCUGGUUCGGUGGCGAAACUUGAUGAAGGUUUCAGCAGAGCUUUAGCUCAUCCUUUGUACAUUAACAUACGUCAAGCUAUGUAUUCAACUAAUAAGGCAACUGAGGAAGAACAGGAGACGGAGAAUAAACACGAAAAUGAUGAGUAUGAAACUGUCCAUUGCAGACGAGCGAUUUUGGAGAUUGAGGAGGAAAAAGAAGAAGAAUAUUUUGAGGAAAGUGUUUCUUCUGAGGAGAGGAAUGUAAAUGGCAAUAUCAGAAGACAGUUUAGCAUUAGUACAGAGGUGGAACAAGCUUUAGGAACUCUAGAUAGAGCUAUAAACAUGGUUAGAAAUAUAACACCGGUCAAAGAAGAUGAGGAAUUGCCGCCAAAUAAAGCAGAGGAUCAGAGAAAGCAAGUAAGUAUGUUAGAGACAUUUGAAAAUGUUCCUCAAAGAUCACAGAGUCAAUAUUUUUCAACUUCAAGAGUCAGUGUCACACAAGAGGGGAGCUAUUUUAGUCAAGAAGACAAUAAGCGAGAGAAAGAGACAGGAGAUGAUCACUUAAACAAAGAGAGAGAAAGACACCAAAUGAACAAAACAAAGAAGCUGGUGGCUUCAAUCUCCACCCUUUUAACAAGACGAACCUCUCAUCCUUCUUCUUCUACUCUCCGAUGCAAUCCACUCGCAGCGAUUUCGACUAAUCCACAAACCGACUUGAAUCCGGUUAAACCCUUGGCGGUUUCCAUCAGGAGACUCCAAUCUUCGGACAAGAGAAGCUCAUCCGGUUGCUGCUGGAACUGUGGUUUCUCUUCGGACAAAGCUGCGUUUUUGUUCUGUGACUCGUGCCGCAGCAUUCAACCCGUUGAUGAUUCCGUGGACUACUUUCAAAUCUUUGGCCUGGAGAAGAAGUAUGAGUUAGAAGGUGGAAGCCUUGAAGGCAAGUACAAAGACUGGCAGAAGAAGCUGCAUCCUGAUUUAGUUCAUAACAAAUCUCAGAAAGAAAGAGAUUACGCAGCUGAUCAGUCUGCAAAAGUGACUGAAGCAUGCAGGACACUAACCAAGCGGCUCUCAAGAGCAAUGUAUAUCAUGAAGCUGAAUGGCAAAAAUGUCAAUGAAGAAAAAACAGUAACAGAUCCAACGUUGUUAAUGGAGAUGAUGGAACUCAGAGAGGCCAUAGCAGAAGCAGAUGAUUCAAAAGAGUUAAACCAGAUCCAAUCCCAGGUACAAGAGAACCUGAAGCAAUGGUCUGAUUCUUUUGCCGACAACUUUGAAAGCCAGAGGUUUGAUGAAGCUGUAAACUGUAUUCGGAGAAUGACUUAUUACGAGAAAGCUUGUGAAGAAAUUGUGAAGAAGCUAUGAGGAAAGCAGUCCUCCCUUGAACCAUUCUUUUUGUUCGUUUUCUUAAAGGCCUCAGUCACAUUUGAAGGGAAACACAUCAUGAUAACUAAAGUACCUUUGCUUCAUGAUUUGAUUUACUUAUAAUAUUUAACUGAAGACGUUGUAAUAAAGAACAUGGACGGAUACGUUAUUAAGAAAAAGAUUUGAUUUGGUCCC